UUUCAGCUGAAAGCAGCUAUAGAUCUUUAUUGGAAACUUAAAGAACACUACUUGCUCCAUUUAUUUUAAGCACUGACUGCAAAGUCUCGCCAAAUGAACAGUAUCCCUUACAAUGAAACAGAUCGGCUGAGAGUUCUCAUCCUAAAUAACAUUCUUAAGUGAAGAGGAAAAUGGCAUCCACAUGGUCUACUGGUGGGGCAUGUGAGUCCUGGUGGCCGAAUGGUGGAUAUGCUCCCGUGGGCUGUGGUGGUGUUGGUGAGCAACUUGCCCCAGGAAGUGAUCUGACUCCAGUUCCCAAUGGUGCUUUUGUUGGGAGCCGUGGAACCGUGAAAGAUUGCACAUGCUUCAAUGUUGGCAGGGACGUUGAUAAUCUUCGCAAGGCGAUAGUAGGACUAGGAACCAAUGAACAAGCAAUUAUUGAAAUUCUGACACACAGAAGCAACUGGCAACGUCAACAAAUUUGCAAAGAAUACAAGGCAACCUGUGGACGUGAGCUAAUAGAUGAUCUAAAAGGUGACCUUUCUGGUGACUUUAAGCAUGUGAUCACUGCUCUGGUGUUGCCACCAGCACUAUUUGAUGCACAGGAGCUAGAAAGAGCAAUGCGGGGACCUGGUACAAAUGAAAGUGUGCUGAUCGAAAUUCUUGCUACAAGAAGCAACCAGCAAAUAAAAGAAAUAAAGGAAGCUUACCGUUCAGAAUAUAAAAGGGAAUUAGCAAAGGAUAUUGCUGCAGAAACAUCUGGGGAUUUUAGAAGAGCUUUGCUCAUCUUGCUAGAGGCUAGGAGGGAUGAAAAUUGCCAGGUUGUGGAUGAAAGACUUUUUAAGAGUGAUGCUCAGGCCCUUUAUAAGGCCGGUGAGAAGAGACUGGGGACAGAUGAAGCUAAAUUUAUCGAAGUCUUGUGCUUAAGGAGCCCUGCACAACUACUAACAACAUUUGAUGAGUACAAAGCAAUUACCAACAAGACCAUAGAAGACAGCAUUAAGAGCGAAAUGUCUGGAGAUCUGAAGGAUUUGAUGUUGACAAUGGUUAAUUGUUCAAAGUCCAUACCUGUCUAUUUUGCUGAAAGGAUCCACAAAAGUGUAAAGGGCCUCGGUACUGAUGAGAACACUCUUUCAAGAAUCAUGGUCAGCAGGUCAGAAAUCGAUCUCCUGGAUAUACUAGAUGAGUAUUUGAAGCUGUAUGGCAGAUCCUUGUAUGCUACUAUCAAGGAUGAAACUUCUGGAGAUUACAAGAAUACUUUGCUUAAGCUCUGUGGAACAGGAAACUAGACAACCAUUAAAUAGCUGAACAAAGUCCUAUGUAGAUGUUAAUGUAGCGAAUAGAUGCGCUUCUAUUAUGCAUUGUUUAAUUAAAGUGAAAAAAUAACAAUUGAUUGUCUAUCAAUAAUCCACAAUAUUUCAUCUAAAUUGCAUCAUUUUAAAUAUAAUGUCAUACACAGAUUGGUUCCUACUUCCUCCAAAGGGUGUUAAAUUGGAUCAGAGGGAAGAGUAGAGUAUGGUGUUAAUUUUGCUCCUAUCCAGUGUAGCCACUCAACAAGUUAAUCAUCCUGGAUUUGCUGUAAUCACCGAAUCUGUUAUUGCUGAUAAGAAUUUUACCAUAAAAGGUUCUCUUUUCAGGUCAAAUCUAAAGAGGGUAGAAUAGAAAUUGUUGCAUGGAAUCAGAUAUAAAGCACAGUGUAUG